GCGUCAAAUAUUGAUUGGACCUUCUACGUGUAAGGCCCAUGAAGGUAACAACCAUCAGACCUUCACCCACGCUGACAUGUCAUAUGAUGAUUGGGAAGAACACUCUAGCAUUACAUUCAUUACCGGAUCUAAGCAACUGUAUAUAAAUCCCCGUUUAAACCACCCACUCCCUCCAUCACACUACGAAAAAAUCCACGGAAAACGCACUCUCAAAACAAAAUCAGAUUCUGAUAAAAGCACUUGGAAAAGACGCCACGUAGUCCAUUUUUCUGGCAAAGUUAUGGAGGCAAAGAAGAUCACAGCUUUUUCAUUCUUGCUCUUCUUUGUUUUAGUUGCUGCCGAUGAUCCACCUAAACUGGGUACGGUGAUUGGAAUUGAUCUUGGAACAACAUAUUCUUGUGUUGGUGUAUACAAGAAUGGUCACGUGGAGAUAAUAGCCAAUGACCAAGGCAACAGAAUCACACCCUCUUGGGUUGCAUUCACUGAUACCGAGCGUCUGAUUGGAGAAGCUGCAAAGAAUCAAGCAGCUCUCAAUUCACAUCGCACUAUUUUUGACGUUAAGAGGCUCAUUGGAAGAAAGUUUGAUGAUCCAGAGGUUCAAAAAGAUAUCAAGUUUUUACCUUAUAAGGUAGUGAACAAGGAUGGAAAGCCUUAUAUAGAGGUGAAGGUUAAAGGUGAAACUAAGGUGUUUAGUCCUGAAGAAAUUAGCGCUAUGAUAUUAUCUAAGAUGAAGGAGACUGCAGAGGCAUAUCUAGGCAAGAAAAUUAAAGACGCAGUUGUCACAGUUCCAGCUUAUUUCAAUGAUGCCCAGAGGCAAGCAACAAAGGAUGCAGGCAUUAUUGCUGGAUUAAAUGUGGCUCGGAUCAUCAACGAGCCUACAGCUGCCGCUAUUGCCUAUGGUCUAGACAAAAAAGGAGGAGAGAAAAACAUUUUGGUCUAUGAUCUUGGCGGUGGGACCUUCGAUGUUAGCAUUUUGACAAUCGAUAAUGGUGUGUUUGAGGUUUUGGCUACAAGUGGAGAUACCCAUUUGGGAGGAGAAGACUUUGAUCACAGAGUCAUGGACUACUUCAUCAAGUUGAUUAAGAAGAAGUAUAACAAAGAUAUCAGCAAGGAUAACAAGGCACUAGGGAAGCUUCGUAGGGAAUGUGAAAGAGCUAAGAGGGCAUUGAGCAGCCAACAUCAAGUAAGAGUGGAGAUUGAGUCUCUUUUUGAUGGAAUCGAUUUCUCUGAACCCUUGACAAGAGCUAGAUUUGAGGAGUUGAACAUGGACUUGUUUAAGAAGACUAUGGGACCAGUGAAAAAGGCUUUGGAAGAUGCAGGCCUAAAGAAAACAGAUAUCCAUGAGAUUGUGCUUGUUGGAGGGAGUACAAGAAUUCCAAAGGUGCAACAGCUUUUGAAGGACUUCUUUGAUGGGAAAGAACCAAACAAGGGUGUUAACCCUGAUGAGGCUGUGGCCUAUGGUGCUGGAGUUCAAGGUGGAAUCCUUAGUGGCGAAGGCGGUGAUGAAACCAAAGACAUCCUUUUGCUUGAUGUUGCACCCUUGAGUUUGGGUAUUGAAACUGUUGGGGGUGUCAUGACAAAGUUGAUUCCAAGGAAUACUGUCAUUCCAACUAAGAAGUCUCAGAUAUUUACAACUUACCAAGACCAGCAAUCCACAGUGUCUAUUAAGGUAUAUGAAGGGGAAAGAAGCUUGACAAAGGAUUGUCGCGAGCUUGGAAGAUUCGAUCUCUCUGGCAUUCCACCUGCUCCAAGGGGAGUGCCUCAAAUUGAGGUCACCUUUGAGGUUGAUGCAAAUGGAAUCCUUCAUGUGAAAGCCGAGGACAAAGCAGCAAAGAAAUCAGAAUCCAUUACAAUUACAAAUGACAAAGGGCGUCUCAGCCAGGAAGAGAUCGAAAGGAUGGUUAAGGAGGCUGAAGAAUUCGCUGAAGAAGAUAAGAAAAUAAAGGAAAAGAUUGAUGCUAGGAACAAACUUGAGACCUACAUUUACAACAUGAAGAGCAGCAUCAAUGAGAAGGACAAGCUAGCAGAUAAACUAGAUUCAGAUGACAAGGAAAAGAUUGAGAGCACCUUGAAGGAGGCUCUUGAAUGGCUAGACGACAAUCAAAACGCAGAAAAGGAUGAUUUUGAUGAGAAGUUGAAGGAGGUGGAGGCGGUAUGCAAUCCUAUCAUCAAGCAAGUGUAUGAGAAGAGUGGUGGAAGUUCAACCACUUCUGAAGAUGAUAAUGAACCAAAUGAUGAAUUAUAGAGAAUAGGAUUUUUUUUUUUUUUUUCUUUUCUUUUUUCCUUAUUUUUUCUUUGUUGAUGUUUGGUUUUCCUUCAAUUUUAUUUUUUUGCCCUUCCAAAAUCCUUGAUGCAUGAUGGCUAGAAAAUUAUGUGGCUGGUAUUUUCGAAUUCAGCGUAUAAAAAAAGAGCUUAAAUAUCUAUAUUGACCUUUCUAUAAGAAAAGAAAAAAAGAGUUUCAAUAUUGAAA